GUCCUCGCCUACUUCUCUUAAGUACAGCUCACGCGGAGUGAGUCAAGCAGCCAGCUUUUCCCAGCUUGCUCCCCAAAACCUCUUUUGGACACCUGCUCAAAAGACCUUCUUCCCCAGCAACAGACGAAAACCUGAAACAUCACAAUGGCAAAUAAACCUAUCCUCCACUACGUUAAUGGAAGGGGCAGAAUGGAAACCAUCAGAUGGCUCUUAGCAACAGCUGGAGUGGAGUUUGAAGAAAAAUUUUUUGAAACAAAAGAACAAUUACAAAAGUUAAAAGAAAGUGUACUGCUGUUCCAACAAGUGCCAAUGGUUGAAAUCGACGGGAUGAAGCUGGUUCAGACGAGAGCCAUUCUCCACUAUAUUGCUGAGAAAUACAAUCUAUUUGGGAAGGAUAUGAAGGAGAGAGCACUGAUUAACAUGUACUCAGAAGGAAUAAUGGAUCUGAUGGAACUACUCAUUGUCUAUCCUUUCUUGCAAGAAGAAGAGCAGAAGAAAAAACUCACUGAUAUCACUAACAUCACCAAAGAGAGAUACUUCCCUGCCUUUGAAAAGGUUUUAAAGACUCACGGACAAAAUUUUCUUGUGGGUAACCAGCUGAGUUUGGCGGAUGUACAACUGUUUGAAGUUAUUUUGAUGGUGGAAGAGAGAAUCCUUAGUGCACUCUCUGGAUUUCCUUUACUCCAGGCAUUCAAAACUCGGAUGAGUAAUAUUCCAACAAUUAAGAAAUUCCUGGCCCCUGGCAGCCAGAGAAAGCCUAUACCCGAUGCGAAGUAUGUGGAAAUGAUUUUGAAGAUCUUCUAUUAGUAAAACAUUAAAUCUGCUCAUGGAGAGAGAGAUUCUGGAUGUGAUUACUCCAUGAUUGUAGGACCCUUAAUGCCAGACUCCAAUCAUGCCAGUUCUGAUCCUCUAUGAGCCUUCUCUAGUUGUAGCUACCGCCCAAAGUAGCAUUUCAGAGUAGCCCAACAAACCCAGGAAGGGGACAGGGGGCAAGGGAAGGGCAGUCUCUCCGAAAUCUCUCCUUUUCUGAGUAAUCAAAGGAUUAGGAUAUCCUUUCUGAAAAUUUAACUUUGAGCCCACAAUUAAAGCACUGAUCUAGGUGAAUGAGACCAUUAAUAUCUUGGCCUUCUGGGUUUCUCCCCCUUAUCUUGCUCUAAGCCCUCUCAGGUUCCUUUGGUUCACUCCCUAAGCUUCAGGGUUUUACAUGUCCUAGGCCUAACUCUCCCCAUCCAUUCCCUGACCUGAGGGAGACCUCCACUAGCUAUAUUGCCCCUUCACCUUCCAGAAGUGACCUUAGGAGGGAGGCCUUAUCUAAACUGCUCUAGCACCUAAAACAUUGAGUGCUUGCUGAAUGAAUGAAUUCCUCACCAUGCUUUUUGUGCUGAACAUAGCAUUAAAAGUUGUGUUUCUCUGAUUGUUGGGGCCUAACAAACAGCAAAAUGUUAGUUAAUGUUAUUGACCUAAGUCACAAUCAUCCGCAUUAUGACAAAGAAAACGGAUAUGUACUCAAAUAAAGGUUUUCUAUGCACA